AUGAUGAGGGUGUCGGAGCUUCUUCAAGUUGCCGUUUUCCUCCAUCAUCUUCCUAAAUGUUUUGGUUUCAACAUUGAAUUGUUGGAAAAUCUCAAGUCAUCCUAUAGCAACUUCGUGGGUCAUCAUUGUCCCAAUGGUUAUCUGCUGACAACCAUUGCCAUUCCAAUGUCAACCUCUCCCUCGGACUCCAACUGGACUCAUCUUUCCAUUGAGGACCCAAUGACUCGAUUGGACCAGGUCACUUCCCAAACUUGUUGCUCAUUGACCAUCAUAUCUGAGAUGAAUGGAAAUCAAACUUGGAAGGUCUUGAAAAGAGUCCAACCAUUUCGAAGUUCGUUCAUCAUCUUGGUCUUACCCGACUCCCAAGGGUUGAGCGAGUGGUACGAGGUGGCCAAUCGGGCACAUUCGGCAUUCUUUGCCAUGGUUUCGGAUGGAACCGAGACCUUGGUCCGCUUUUUCCUCAUUUGUCCAUUUGGACCGUUUGCCGAUUACAAUCGACCCUUUGUGGUAUGGAGAGCUGGUUAUGGCUUCACAGCUGACUUGAUUGAGAGAUUCAAAGGGUCUUGCCAUGGUAUUCAUAGCACAUGGGCUGUGAGUUAUGUGCCCUUUGUUCCGACUACUUAUCAGGACGGAGUGAAUGGAACCGCUCCUUAUGGAUUUGAAGUGGAUGUGGCCAAGAUAAUCGCUCAGAAAUUGGGGGUCAACUUUAAAUACGAGUGGCAUGGCUGGUCAUUUGAGAGAAAAUUGGGAUAUGAAGUUACCAAACAACUCAUUGAAAUUUCAGAGUACAAAAAGCCAUUUGGAAUUGGUGUCAGACUAGUCCGCAAUCCUAACGAGGUAUUUGCGGAUUUCACGGGUGUGUUCUACUUCGUGGAAACCUUUUAUGCUUCACGGAUGCCCAAGAAACUUCCCAACUACUUAAGCGCCGUCAACGUGUUUUCAACACAAACCUGGUUUUCGGCCAUUUUGGUGAACUUGAUUUUUUCCUUCGCCCUCUACGCAAUUCACAAGUGUUAUCUUAGUGACACGUUGAGUCCUCAUGUUGAGACCAAGCCUGGACAGCUUUUGGACUUUGUCAUUCGAAUUAAUCUGGGGUUGACGGAGCCAGAGCGAUUUAGAUGGUUUCCAAGUUUAUGCGGGGCAUCCUUGUCCUCUGGUGCAUUUUAUAUCUCAACCAUGGUCUUGUGCUUGUCAUUUACCUCUACAUUGUUGUCGGUCUUGGUUAAGGUGGAAAGGGAACAUCCUGUGGACAACUCACGUGAUGCAUGGAGGCGUGGGGCGACGUUAUAUUUCACUAGUUUGGCGGAUUACGUGCAUCCGGACUUGCCGUCCUUCAAAUUGUUUCCCAAGGAUCUUCAGAAAGCCAGCUUGUUGGCCAUCAAGACGGGUGGAGUGUAUGAUUUGAGAUUAGUGAGCAACAUUGCUAAGUACGCCCACAAAGACAUUGCAGAAAACGGGGCAGUUUUUGGGGCUGCGGGAGCUCGAACAUCAACAACGAGGAUCACAGCCCUAUCGCAAAAUCUAUAUGAAGCCAAGGAAAAUCUGAUCUCUUCGAUCCCUGGUACAUUUUUCGUUCCUAAGUACGCCCCUUGGGGUCCUCGCGUAUCCCAAAUUCAAGCGAGGUUGUUGAGCAGCGGCAUUGUGGACCACAUUGCCAAGAAAUACGUCCUACCCAAACAACAGCCCCAAGACGUUCUAAUCCCUCUAACAUUCGAACAUUUAGCAACAGCCUGGAUAUUGCUGGCUGUUGGUUCCUUGAUGAGUAUUCUUAUUUUCGCCCGCGAACGAAACCCAUGCAAGAGAAAAGGAUCCCAACAUACGCCCAACCGUAUUGAAAGUGCUCUUGAUCAAGAUAUCGCUUAAUUGAUCUCUCAUACGUUGCUAACAAUUUUGGCAUCGGAUUUUCCGGGGAGGAACUAAACAGAAAAUCCAAUCCCAAAUUGAUCUAGAGGGAACUAAUCGUUGGUGUAUAGAGCUGAACACAAGCCAACAAUUGUGAAUAAACGUAAUGUACAAACCUCUUUUGCCAUUUUUCUAACAAUUCCACGCCUUAAAGUGAGCACUACAGAUGAAGCCAAGUCAA